ACCAGACGUUACCCCUCCUCCGCCCCAGCCAAUCAAAGGGCUGUAAUGCUGUGAUGUAGUUGGAUGGGGGAGGAUCCCCAUUGAUAAAAGCGGGCGGCGGAGGCGCAGGGAUUCCCGACCAGGAAACGAUGGCGCCCGGUGAGAGCAGUGGAUACACCUAUGAGGAAUACAAGGCUACAGCGGACUGGCUGCUGUCCCAGACGCAGCACCGGCCCACCAUCGCCAUCAUCUGCGGCUCCGGCCUCGGGGCUCUCGCUGACACUCUGAAGGAUCCGGUUAAACUCCAGUACUGUGAUAUCCCCAACUUCCCCACCACUUCGGUGGCUGGCCACGUGGGGCGGCUGGUGUUCGGGACCCUGAAUGGGAAGGGUUGUGUCUGCAUGCAAGGCCGAUUCCACCUGUACGAGGGACACGCCGUCUGGAAGACCACGUUCCCGAUCCGGGUGUUCCAGCUGAUUGGGGUGAAGACGCUGAUCGUCACCAAUGCCUCCGGGGGCCUGAACGCCGACUACAAGGUGGGCGACAUCAUGCUGGUGAAGGACCACAUUAACCUGCCUGGCUUCGCGGGGGUCAACCCUCUGGUGGGACCCAACGAGGAGAGGUUUGGCGAGCGCUUCCCCUGCAUGUCGGAUGCCUAUGACAAGGAGUUGCGGAGUCUGGCUGCUGAGGUGUCCCGGGACCUGAACUCCUGCGGCAUCCUCCGCGAAGGCAUCUACUGCGCCCUGGGCGGCCCGUCGUACGAGACCAUCGCGGAGUGCCGGAUGCUGAGGGCGCUGGGAGCGGACGCCGUGGGAAUGAGCACGACCCACGAAGUGAUCACUGCCCGUCACUGCAAGCUGCGAGUCCUGGGGCUGUCGCUGGUCACCAACAAGGUGGUGAUGGACUACGAGAGCAAGGAGCGGGCCAACCAUGAGGAGGUCCUGCAGUCCAGCAAGCGCAGUGCUGAGCUCCUGGAGAAGCUGGUGACCCACAUUGUGGCCCGGAUGGACUGCAGUAGAAACACCUCCUGAGGGUCCUGUACUGGACUUGACCCUACCCUCCCUCCCUCCUUUCCUUUCAGCCCCCUCCCCCACAUCCCUCCUUUUUACCUCAAGGCAAUCUGCCCCAGCUCCAAUAAUUAAAUGAGCUGAUUCCCAACUUUAGGAGGAGCAGUUCAUUCUCCACAGCUAACCACCUCUCACUCCAUCUCCAGGCAUCCCAGGAGCUAGGCCCUUCCCCCAGUGCGAUGAUGUCCGACUCCAACUGACCAAUGGGCUCCCUCCCUGUCGCAUGGAAAGGAUCCAGUAGACCAAUCAGAAGAUCCCAAGGGUCCCAUUUACCAAUGGGCUGGCCAGUUAAUUUGUGGAGUCCGGUUGACCAAUGGGGAAGCCCCAUGGUGCUGUGAAGGGUCCAGUACCCCAAUGGGGAAGCCUUGUGAUGCCAAUUUACCACUGGGGUCUGUGGAGUUUGAGAGGAGGUUUGUGAUUGGAUGAUUGAGUUGUGGGAAGCCCAAUCCUAUGCCUGUUUGCAUUGACACGGUUUGCUUGUUAGAAUUUCUGGGACCAAACUAUAGUUUAUAGUUAUUUAGUCAGAGGUUUUUGUACAGUGUGCUGGUGAGGGGGAGAGAACUGUCCACCUUAAUAAUGGUUCACAUCCAGGGUGGAGAGUUCCCUGCCCCUGCUUGCUCGCUCUCUUCCUGAGGGACGCCUGUCUACUAACUGGUGUCUCUCAGUCUCCCUCAGGGGGGAAGAUCUGUGCACUGAACUCUUUAUCUAUAUGUAUUUGAAAUUUAUUUAUUAUGUUUAGUUCUGCUCAGUCUUUUGUACUGUACCGUGUAUGUGGGUCCUCAGGUUGUGAAAGGACUAUGACAAACCCCUCGUCGUUGUGGGGUUAGUCCCCGUAGCCUGGGCCAAGUGGGGAAAUAACUUUGCUGACCUCUGCAUUCACAAUCCUUACCAGCAGCUUUGCCUCCCUGGCAGACUUGGUGUCCAUUUUUUGUGUGUGUGGGUGGGGGGAGGGUGGAGUCAUUGGUCUGGUGGCCACCACUGCUAUGAGUGGGUGGGAGAGAGGAGGACAGGACCUGUGACUGUGUCUGGGUGAAGGGAUACUUUCACCUGGGGGUGAAGUCUGCUUCAGGAAACAAAACUGGGAGUCCUCUCUAAUUUAUAUUUAACGAUGCUAACUUUCCUCCGUGCGACGCAAAGUCUGUAACUCGUCACAGAAGCAAAAUAAAAGUUGGA